AUGGAUAAAGAUAUUAUUCAUGUUCCUUCAUCUUCAUGUCAAAUGAAUCUGGCAGAUCCAGAUGCUGAACUGUACGAUCCGACGCCAGACCUUUUGGAAACCUUCAGGUUGUUUGAUUUCCAGUUCUUUGAAGGUUCUUUACAACAAUGUGUGGUGGAAUGGUCGAAGAAAAUGAGCACGUAAGUUAGGUUUAUAUUGUUAUUGGUUUUUAGAUGUGCCGGGAUUUGCUACUUCAAACCUCGACUUGGACAUUGCAUUAUAAGGUUGUCAGAACCUUUGCUCAAGCUUAGAUCACGCAAGAAUUUUGUGGAAACACUAUUGGUAAGAGUCUUUGUGUAAAGCAUAUUAAUAGUUAAAUUAAGUACAAUAUCGUGUGUUUUUGGCCUUUAAAUGUAAUUCUUUGGUUAAGUUGAUGUUAAUAUUCACUUUAAAUCAACUUUUUAUGUAUUUUAUAAACUCUUUUGUAAUUGUUUUAUAAUUCUGUCAACAUUCAGCAAUAUUUUAGCACGAAAUGAUCCACGCCUACUUGUUUCUUCACGGUAGCACAGACGGAAGAGAAGACCACGGCCCAAUGUUUCAAGAUCAUAUGCGACGUAUCAACGAGAUUGCCAAUGUCAAUAUUACAGUUUAUCAUAGUUUCCACGACGAAGUACGACUUUACAAACAACAUUGGUGGAGAUGCAAUGGUCGAUGUCAAGGUGUAGGUCCUUUCUACGGGUAUGUCAAGAGGAGUAUGAAUAGAGCACCGUCGAAGAACGAUACCUGGUGGAAAUCACAUCAACAGCUUUGUGGGGGCACCUUUAUUAAAGUCAAAGAGCCAGAGAACUACAAAAAGAAGGAGAAGACAGGCAAGGUCAAGAAGAGUAAGACUAUUUCUGUACCUAACCCUAAGAUCGACAUCUCUAACUACUUCAAGACUGGGCUGAAGGAUAGUCAACCUGUUGUCAAUGCAACUAAAGAACCUGAGGUCAUAUGUCUAGAGGACAGUGAAGAAGAGGAUGUUGUAGUAGAUGAGCAAGAGAAUAAUGUGUCUUCAGUUGCCACCACUUCUGCUUUUGAAUUACUUUUUCAAGGAGAAGGUAUGUUCAUAUUUAUUUUUAUUAAAAUGAGUUUUUAUUGUCUUUUAUAACUCGCCAUUACUUCUAUAACAGUAAGUGUAAUCAUCAAACAACUUCAGGAGUGAAACUUGGAGGGUCUCAGAGUCGUGAGAAAACGUCGCAAUCUAAAGCCCUCCCAAACUGUGAACUGGUAAUCUGCCCCAACUGUCCCAAACGGGUACCACUAGGUGUCCUAAACGCCCAUCUGGACGAAUGUCUUUCAUAA